UCUCCAACCUCUCAGCCUCCGAAGGUUCUUUCAAAGCCAUUUCUUAUGAUAAAUAUUUGCUGCUAAUCAAAAUCUAUCAAUUUCGAAUGCCGCCGCCGCCGCCAAGGGGUGAGCCAGCAAAAAUUGAAUCAUUCCGUUCCCUUGAAGCGCUUUACAGCAGGAUCAAGGAUCUUGAACUUGAAGGAGCUUCAAGAUUUUCGUCCUCAUCAAAAGAGAAAUACUUUGGAGUUGAAGCUGAUUCUAACAUACUGCAGAAUCACGUUGUCAGAUUUGAACUGAGCGCUUCACGAUCAGCAACUCUACAGAUUGAAUACGAUGGCAUACCCUUCAUAAUUGUUGCAAGACGGUAUUUUACUUGUCAGUGGGGAAAAGCAAAGCUACCAGUCCAUGGAGUUGGUACAGAUGCGAUGGCCGUGUCCUGCACUGGCCGCAGACCAAAUGCCUCCACUAAGAAGGUUGACUGCCCUGUGCGUUUGCUUGCCAAACAUAUCGUCAAAUUCCCAGAGUUUAGGCUGUCCGGGGAAAAAAACUCUUAUAAAAUGAGGAAAGCGUCAAAGGCUCUGUAUGAACUGGUUAAAAGUGGUAAGGACCUGACUGGGCACUAUUACCAUGAGUUCUACAUGACCAUACCAUCACCAGAGGAACACCAAGGACACAGUACAUCUGGAGUGAGGGCUGGCUUCAGACCAGAUCUUGACCCCCGUGUUGUCAAUGUGUUAAAAGAAACUGUCCAACUCGGCGUAAACAAAGUGUCUGACAUCAAAACCAUCAUUAAACAGUUUGUCAAUCAUGAUCUGUUUCAUGGACAGAAAGAGAAACCACAUAGGUUGGAUAAAAAAUACUUCCCAACGCAUGUCGACAUCACGAAAUACGUCGAACGGUCAAUCUUAAGUCGGAGAGAUAAAACAAACACAGAAAAACUGGUUACCAAGUGGCAACAGUGUAUGAUGGAGGAUUUUAUCUUUUUUCGUGGAAACAACGAUGGCCCGGAAAUCCCGUACAUACCGGUUGCAAAGCAUCUUCCAAAGACACUUAUGAAGGUCGACAUCAUUGCCCUUAAGCAAAUGAGCCAGCAACAAUAUGGUGCACCACUGAUUUUCUGUUACCAAAGUGUGUGGCAGAAGCGCUUGAUGUUGCUCUUCGGGAAUCAGAUGACGUAUUUGGACCCCGUUUACCUGUCUCUGCCCUGCGUGUACCCAUUGUACUUCCUCACUGUCCUAACGAAUGUUGGAUACAUGAUUGUCGGAGUGAUCAUUCUUGAGAAACAAUCAAGAGAGCUGUUGCAGGAAGCACUCACGAUAUUCCGAAACUGGAACCCGGACUGGAAGCCCUCGUAUAUCAUGGUCGGUCCAUUAGAAGAGGAUGCCAAUGUGGUCCAAGCACUUUUCAAAGGGUCCCGACUAUUCAUCAAUGAUGACCACCGAGAAAGGACCUGGCAAAGCUGGCAAGACGACACCAUUGAUGACAUAGGGAACAAGGGGGCACUCAUCGCAAUGAUGAAGGAGAUUGCUACAGCUCCGUGCCGUGAGAAGGUGAAGAAGUCAUUGGAGGCCAUGCGCGAGAGUAAUGAGGCUUGGAAUGGAGAUGAAUGGCUUUGGCAGUGUUUCACAGAGAAUUGGGAGAAGAGGAUAAAGCAAUGGACAGUUGCCUAUCGAGAUAAAGUCCUGGAUCUGAGGAUGAAUGCUGGUCAUGUUAUCGACCCCACUCACAAGCCUAUCCGUCCUCAUCGAAACAGUCCUGUCUCAACGAUGAUUUCCACACUCCUGAAAUCAUACUUACCAGAUUCCUAUCGCAGAUAUACUGCAAUGAAUGUUGGUCCGCUCAGUAACCCUAAAGCAGCUAGGAAGCUGCCAAGGUUCAUGGCAAGCAGCCCAAAUUCAGUCAAGGAUGCAACCGCCCCAUUUGUCACUAUGGCAGCCACUAUGAAAUCUGGACAAAUUGUUGUCAUGGACAAGGAGCCAGGACUUUACUCUGUGCAAGUGAAUAGAGGGGAUGGACAUGAUGUCUGCUUAGGCAGUUCUGAUAAAAUGCCAGCUUGCUCUUGCAAAUACUGGUCUGAUACGAAACUGCCGUGCUGUCAUUUCUUUGCUGUUGUGAACUCUGUGCGUGAUGUUGGUUGGGAGAAUUUCAGCACACUGUACCUGGAAUGCCUGCUGUUUCAAAGUGAUCGGCAGUGUCAGACAAUCGAGCCGUACUCGAAGGAGCGUUUUGUAGAUUCUGACCUUGAGAUACAUGAAUCUGUGUUGGAGGAGGGUCAAGAGGAAGAGACAGACAUUGUUUCGGAGGCGGAGGAAUCUGACAUUGAUGUCAAUAUUAUUGACUAUGGUGCUCUAUCAGACUCCCCAUGUAACAGUCCAGAACCUGUUGCUGUUGAAAUUUUAUUGCCUGAUGUCGGUGCAAGUACUAGUUCAACACCACAUACUAACCAGAGUAAAUUAUCAAGUGUUGAAAACCAGAAAGUUGUCCCUUCAAGUUCUGUUAGGUCUGCUAAGAUCACUCCUGCUACUGUGGCCACAGGUCCUGGUAUGUCUACACCAAGGGCAUCAGCAGCUCCUGCUGUUACAAAAGUUAGUAAGUCAGGCUAUACCUCAAUUCAGAUUGGCGCAGUGACAUCUAAACCUGCUGCUGUAACAUCUGCCAAUACAUCAUGUGUGAAAUCUAGUACAAUUGCCAAUAUUGCUUUUUCAGCUAAAAAGGUUAAAGAUGUUUGUUAUGAUGGAAAAGUAAAAGAUAUUUUAGCUAAGUUGAAACCGAUUGCACUACCAAGGGUUACAGCGUCUGUUCCGCCAGUGAGUGUGCAAAAUGCAUCGAGUGGCCUGAUUCCGCAUGUUGUCCUUGCCUCGCUUGCUUCUGGUUUGAGUGCUCAGGUUGUAGCCAGUCCAGUUUCUUCUUCCCUGUCCACUGCAACUUCCUCGGGUCCUGCAACUGCUCAGCGUCAAACAGCUGUGUCUGCAGUAGUCAGCACAUUCGGUCCCACAACUAUCCAAGACAAACCUCGUAUCACACCAGUCACAUGCACCAGCGGAAUACCAGUUCAGAUAGGGACAUCUGGCAUUCCUAUAUAUUCUGUCCAAACCAGCGAAUCUCCUCCUGUAACAACUCCUUCAGGUACUCCUGUUGUUGUUGGUGAUCUUACUCCAUCAUCUCUUGCAAGCACCAGCACCGGAAGUCCAAUUCCGAUUGGAGCAUUUGCUCUUCAACUUCCCAUGUGUAGUAUUGAUGCUGGCACACCUGGCCUUCAGACGUGUUCAGCUAUUCCUGGUCUGCAGAUCAUGAAUGCUGUAACUUCGUCAGGAACUGUUCCGUUACUAAGCAGUUCACAGACUUGUACAUCAUCCAUUGUAGCUGUGAGUGCCUCUAACAAAUCACCUCCUGCCAUGUCUACUGCCAGUUCUGCAGGUGUUCCAGCUUUAGGUGCUGCAACCAGUUCAUCGGGGCUGCCUUUGAGGUUACCACCACCUCUGGCACAUACCUUCUGUCUGCCGUUGAAUGAUUUCUUGUCUACCAUGGGGGCUGGUGGGAGUCCUAUCAUUUUCAAACCUUUGGGCGCAGAUGGGAAACCUUUGUCUGUUGUUGACUUGUCUCAGCUGAAGACUGCCUUAUCUCAGGCUUUUGCUACUUCCACAACAGACAGCGGACCAGUGCAAGGGAAGGUGUCAAGCCUAAAGCCGUCUUUUCAGGUGGCUACGUCAGUGGAUGUGACAAGAACCAGUUCUGCAGCUACAGCAGUGACAUCUACAACCCUUGCUACAACUCCUGCCCAGCCCACUGCACUGAGUUUACUCAAAUCAAAAAGAACACCUGCUCAAGUGACCACAUCAACUUCAACCACCCAGUCGUCCAAAGAAAAUGCACCAAACAUACUUAGUCACAGAAGAUUUGUCAAAGUAACCUUGGACACCCAGAUCACUCCUCAGCAACCUUCCAAACCUUUCAAAUUGCAAGGUGCUUCACGUCGUAAGGAAAGUUUAAGGCGGGACUCAACUGAGAAAGGUGCUUCACGUCGUAAGGAAAGUUUAAGGUGGGACUCAACUGAGAAAGAUGAAGGUAUUGGUGUAAAAUCUACUAAAACUCAAAAAAAUAUGCCAGAAGUUGAUGAUGUCGCUGGCGAUACAGAGUUGUGUGAAAUAGAUGUUAAGGGGUAUGACUCUGAUUCUGAUCCAGCGUUUGUUGUGGAUAUUUCUGACUCUUCUCCAGAAAUUGAAGGUAUUGAAACAGGAUCAACAGUUAAGGUAGCUGGUGUGGAAUCCAAUGCUGCUGCUUCAUCAGAAACUGUUGUUACCAGAUCGAAGAGGAAGCUUGCAGAAGAGAAGCAUUCAACAUCCACUAAGAAAAAAACCAAGCCUGAUGCUAGUCCAAGAGAUGAAGCUACGAGCUCAUUGCAAUCCAGCCUGAAACAAGUGGGUGAUAGUGAAACAAAGAAAACCUCAUCGACAGCAUUAAAAAUAGAAGAUGAGGUUCAAACUGCAUCAGAUGUGAGAGCUAAGAGUCCUGUUACCAUGAAAGAAAUUUCAGAUCAGCCAUCGAAAGUACAGACUAUUGCAACUGGGGAUGAAGUCAAGCUUGAAGCUCAGACUUCAGGUGGAAAUGCUCAAGUCAUGAAUAUGACAUUGGUAUAUGUACCUGAGAAUAGGGAUGGUCCUCAGAGCUCUGUCAAAUCAAGUGAACCAUCUGUCCCAGUGUCAUCAUCCGCAUCUAAGUGCUCCACAACUGUUACAUGUCCAGUCUCAACUAUUUCCACUUCUCCUGUAGUGUGUGUGAAAGGCCCGACUUCAGGUGAAAGUGCUCAACUCAUGAAUAUGACAUUGGUAUAUAUACCUGAGAAGAGAAUGUUUAAAAUGGUUGACGAUCCACAGAGCUCUCCGAAAUCCAUUGAACCGUCUGUCCCAGUGUCAUCAUCGGCAUCUAAGAGCUCCACGACUGUUACACCGCCAGUCUCAACUGUUGCUGCUUCUCCUUUAGUGUGUGUGAAAGGCCCUAUCAUGACGGCUACCCCUGUUCAAGCGAUCUAUGCCACAAAUCCUGUCUCAGUAGCCACCCCUGCUGCAAUCAGCUCAACGCAACCGAUCUUGUCAACUGCCCCGUCUCCUCUCGCCGUUACCCAGUCUAUCCCAACUGCUCUUCCUCCCAUUGUUGGUGUGACACCCAUGCCAUCACUUCGAACUGUUCGUCAGAUGUUGCAGGCGAGGCCGCCUGUUGCGAACGCAUUGCCAGGUGCAGCAGCGAUAACUGUUUCUAGUACUGCCACUUCGAUGGCAAUGGAUGCAGAUCCUCAACAGAUACCUGCUUCACCUGCAUAUGCAGUCAGCACUCCAAAACAAACUGGUUAUCAACUUGCUCAGCAGGAGAUUCCUCCUCCACCAACUGAGAAACCAAAGCGGAAGAUGGCUACAUCUUCUACUCAAACAGAUGACAUUAUUAUCCUCGACCCGCCACUACCAAAGAAAGUACCCAAAACAAGAAAUCAGAGACUGGUGGACAAGUGUUCGAACAUCUGGAGACAUGUCAGAGAUACGAUACAAUUACUCAAGGACGAACAGUAUUUGACACAACUGAAUGAGCAAUUGGUCAGUUUUCUUGCCGAGCUACGGCAGGUCGUGUCUGUUGGUCGUGCGGAAAAUUUAAAACGCCACAUCAAGGAAGAACCAGUCUUGGUUGAAUCUAUACCAGGAGUUGAAACACAUGCGUUACUUGAAGCGUCUGCUACUCCUGCCAAAAGGAGGCAAAUUGAGCUUCCCUCUGUUAUCGAAGAAACUCAUGUGGUAAUUGAAGCGUCUGCUACUCCUGCCAAAAGGAGGCAAAUUGAGCUUCCCUCUGUUAUUGAAGAAACUCAUGUGGUAAUUGAAGCGUCUGCUGCUCCAGCCAAAAGGAGGCAAAUUGAGCUUCCCUCAGUUAUAGAAGAGGUCGUUGUGACGUCUGCAGAAGAAGCCAACACUUAUUAUGAACUGGAAUACGUUGACAGUGAGAAUGAGAAUGCCAUAGCAUCGAUCCAACUAGAGGAGGGCAUUGACCAUUCAGGAAUUCAGCAGAUUAUUGAUGCAAUCAAUGUGGUGAAGCAUGAGGAAGUGGUCCCGUUUCACCCACCAUAGCAUUCUCAGGCUUAGAGCAGUAAUGUCAGAGUCUGUUCAUAGUGUUUGAUCAUAAAAGACUAUAGAAUAUUGGCAGGCAUGGUGUCUUCAUUUCAUUUCAUAGCACGCAUCUGUUCGUUUGAUAUCAUGUAAAGAUUAGAUAAGAUACUUAAAUCCAUACUUGCUUAUAUGUAUAGUUAUUAUUUGUGCAUUUAAACGUUUAGCUGUUAGUGCCAGUGUUGAUAUUGUAAAUACAAUUAUUAUUUCAAAUUGAUCGUUUUUUCUUUCCAAGAAUAACUUCUCAUUGUUCCAUGAUGAUAACUAGGCUAUUUGUAG